AUGGCCCCCAGCCACCUGUCGGUGCGGGAGAUGAGGGAGGAUGAGAAGGCCCUGGUGCUGGAGAUGCUGAAGGCCGGCGUGAGGGACACGGAGAACCGCGUGGCCCUGCACGCCCUGACCCGGCCGCCCACCCUGCUGCUCCUGGCGGCGGCCAGCAGCGGCCUGCGCUUCGUCCUGGCCUCCUUCGCCCUGGCCCUGCUGCUGCCCGUGCUGCUGGCCGUGGUGGCCCUGAAGCUGGGCCUGAGGGCCCGCUGGGGCUCGCUGCCCCCGCCGGGCGGCCUGGGGGGGCCCUGGGUGGCGGUGCGCGGCUCAGGGGACGUGUGCGGGGUCCUGGCGCUGGCCCCGGGCUCCCACAGCGGGGGCGGGGCCCGGGUCACCCGCCUCUCCGUCUCCCGCUGGCACCGCCGCCAGGGCGUGGGCAGGCGGCUGCUGGCCUUCGCCGAGUCCCGGGCGCGGGCCUGGGCGGGGGGCGCCGGCGAGCCCCGGGCCCGCCUGGUGGUCCCCGUGGCCGUGGCGGCCUGGGGCGUGGCGGGCAUGCUGGAGGGCUGCGGCUACCAGGCCGAAGGGAGCUGGGGCUGCAUGGGCUACGCGCUGGUGAGGGAGUUCAGCAAGGACCUGUGA